CCGGAAGUGAUAUUUUGCAACAAACUAAAGAUAUUGAAUGCAAUUUUGGUAAGUAUGUUAAUUCAACAAAAGGUAAGAGGAAACGAGGCGUACAUGAAAAGUUGCAACCAUGGAAGAAAAGGAGUAUAUUCUUUACAUUGCCUUAUUGGGAACAUCUUCUUAUCCGUCAUAAUCUUGAUGUCAUGCACGUGGAAAAGAAUGUAAGUGACAAUAUUCUUGGUACAUUGUUGAAUCUUGAUGGUAAAACUAAAGAUAAUUUGAAGGCACGAUGUGAUCUACAAGACAUCGGUAUACGACAUGAACUUCACCCUCAAAGUGUUGAUUCAAAUAAGAUAUAUCUACCACCAGCUUGUUUCGUUAUGUCUCUGAAAGAUAGGGAUGAGUUCUUAAAAGUUUUAAAGAAUGUAAAAGUACCAGAUGGUUACUCAUCAAACAUAUCACGAUGUAUUCAACUCAAGCAGCAUAAGAUUACAGGAUUGAAAAGCCAUGAUUCUCAUAUUCUGAUGCAACAGCUACUUGUCGUAGCAUUGCGUGGUGCUUUGCCGAAGGUAGUAGUUGCACCUUUAAUUGAUUUAUGUUGUAUUUUUCGCGAGCUAUGUUCUAAAACCUUGAAUGUACAAGAGCUUGAGCGUCUAGAAUCUCGAAGUGUGGAGACAUUAUGCCAUCUUGAAAGAAUCUUCCCCCCAUCAUUUUUUACGAUUAUUGUCCAUUUGGUAACUCACUUGGCUACGGAAGCAAAAAUCGCAGGACCGGUUCAAUACCGUUGGAUGUAUCCAAUUGAGAGGUUUCUUUUUGAUCUCAAGUCUGAUGUACGUAAUAAAGCCCAUCCGGAGGGCUCAAUAGCUGAGGGAUAUUUAGUAGAGGAGUGUAUGACGUUUUGUUCGAGAUAUUUAGAUUCUGUCGAAACCAUAUUCAAUCGACCUGCAAGAAAUAUUGACGGUUCAAUUGGGGCAACAUCACACAUUCAUCUUGAUCAAAAAACAUGGAUGCAAGCACAUAGAUAUGUACUAUUUAAUAGUAAUGAAAUAAAUCCUUUUCGAAGUAUUCAUAAGGAUAUAAUAAAAAGACAAAAGCGUGGAACCCGCCCAAGUGAAGCUGUUAUAAAUAAAAUUCAUAUGGAGAACUUUGUUGAUUGGUUUCAAUCGUAUGCUUUACAAUAUGGUAGGUUAUGAAUUCCGAUGGUGGAAAGGAUGACCGGUUCACGGAGAAGAUAAAAUGGUUGGCUCAUGGCCCAAACAAUUUGUGUAGAAGCUUUCGGGGAUAUAUUAUAAAUGGCACCAAAUUUCGCACCAAAAAUUAUGAAAGUAAUAUGAAGACUCAAAAUAGUGGAGUUUCAGUGGAAACUGAAGGAGGCUUAACUUACUAUGGUAUUUUAAGCGAUAUAAUUGAGUUGAACUAUUAUGAUAAAUUGCGAUUUAUUUUAUUCAAGUGCGACUGGGCUGAUGUUACAUCAAAUAAGGGGCACAAGAUAGAUGAAUUUGGAUUAGUUCUCGUAAAUUUUUCAUACUUGAUCCAUACAGGCGCAAAAUCGAAUGAUGAACCUUUUAUUUUGGCAUCUCAGGCAAGGCAAGUAUACUAUAUAGAAGAUCAAAGAAACAAAGAUUGGCUUACUGUUGUAAAAGCUAAGCCUAGGGAUGUGUUUGAUAUUGGUAGUCAUGAAACUUGUGAAGAUAAUGAGAAUAGUCAUUGUGAUAAUCUACCAUAUAAUAUCGAUAUAACAAGUAUGCUGGAAAGCUUGAAUGAAAAUCUAGACUGGACUAGAGAUGAUGCGGAUGGAACCACAAUUAGUGAAGCACCUUCUCAUGAAAACCUACCGUUAGAAGAGGAGUAUAGCAACAACUCCGAGUCAGAUGGUGAUAUGGAAAAUACGUGCCAUUCUAGCUAAACUUUUUAUGAUAUAAGGCGCUUAUAUAAGUUCAACGACUUCUACUUCGACAAGGAGGAAGAGUUCGUCAUCCGAUUGCAGAUAUGGCAAAGAGAAAGCUCAAGUAUGCUCUGUUGAGGAUGAUCUAGGGCAGCCUAGAGAGGAACCACCACACAACAUCCUACACAGCCUCAAGUAUCCUUAUCAU